GUAUGUGUAUAUAUAAAAUAUAUAUUGGAUCCCCUCCGAAAGUCGCCGCGGAAUGACGUCAGCACGUAUUACAUUGAAUGAUGACGCUGUUUGAUCGUUAAAAAAAAAAGAAAAAAAAUCAGGCGUUAAAAUAUUUGGGAAAUAGGUCAGCAAACAGGACAGCAGCAGCGGCGCGCGGCCCUUUUUUAAUGUUUUAGCCGUUUUUACUUUGAAGAAGAGCGGCUGGUGGGAGAUAGAUAACCUGCUCGGUCCAGGAGAGACAGACAGAGAUGUCCGGUGUUUCCAGCAUCAGCGGAGGGAGGCUGUAGCCGUCAGAGCGGCUCUCUGUGUCCUCGUUUAUUUUUAUUUUUUUUACAUUUUAUUUUAGGGAGACCCAGCUGCUUUUGAUAACCGCCCGGACCGAGGCUGAAUGGUUAGCCCGAGAAGAGAGCAACGCGGACGGAUACCGAUAGGGAGCACCUGGAGGCUGCUGUGCCGAGACCCAGGAAAUCCCUCCACGCUUCGCCUUUUACAGCCUGGUAGCAACACAGCAGCCCACAUUACUGUAGUUCUAAGAAACAGGAUUCCAGGAAUCCAGCAGAUCAGCUCACUGACCUGCAACAUGUGAACCUCGACAGCUCCCCCACAGCACUAGUACGAGUCUCUUCGAAUUCAAGAUGUCAAGCCGUCGGAAAUCCACCACACCCUGCAUGGUGCUUCCCAUGGAUGUGGUGGAGCAGGAUGCCGUGGAGGAGAAGAGGGAGAGAAGAAAGGAGGAAGAGGCAGGGGAUGAGGAGCAGGAAAAGAAGGGGAAGGAGGGGGCCGAGGAGCUUGGUCAGGCUGUGGUAGCUGCUGCUGCUCCACCAGAUGAAGAUGAAGCCGGUGUCUCUGGCAUUGAAGAGCUCAAAAUCAUUGCUCCCACGCUCAGAUCCCCACCAGAGGAUCUCAGUGGCGAUCAGAUAAUCCAGGAACCCAAGAAUGACUCCCCUGGGGUGGGAGGAGCAGACUCGGCCGCAGCUACGGCAAUCUCCCUCAGCAAGACUCCAAUCAUGAGAAUGAAGACCAAAUCUGAACCCAAGAGGAUCGCCGUUUCCCUUAAAUCUGCAGAUGAAGCUGAGGGAGAGAGUUUGGGAGCAGGAGGAGGGGAUGGUCAGGUGGGUGCAGAGCAGGAGCCCAUCGAAGCUCCACUCGGGCCGAUGAUGUCUGUGGAGAUGCUGCUGCAGGACUCCAUGAAGACUGGGACAGGCGGUUUGAUGGUCAGUGCGCCAUCAGAGCAGCAGAGAAAACCUGCCAUUUUAAACCCCACAGUCCUGCCUGCUGGUCUGGCACAGGUGCUUUCAGCCUUCCAGGCGCAGCAGACUGCAGCGGCAGCAGCCUCACAGCCCCAGCUGCUGAUCCCUCUGAGCAGCAUCCCCUCCUACAGUGCAGCUAUGGACUCCAACCCCCUUCUGAUCAGCACAUACAGGAAGUUUCCUUACCCUUCUUUGGCAGAAAUCAACAGCCUGGCAGCACAGACACAGUUUACAGAUGAGCAGAUCAAGGUGUGGUUCUCAGCCCAGCGUCUAAAGCACGGAGUCAGCUGGACUCCAGAGGAAGUAGAGGAGGCCAGGAGGAAACAGUAUAACGGGACCGUGCACACAGUGCCUCAAACCAUCACUGUCAUCCCGGCACACCAGCUGUCUGCAGCUGCAAACGGCCUGCAGUCCAUCCUACAGACCUGUCAGAUUGUGGGGCAGCCAGGCCUUGUGUUUACCCAGGUUGGUCCAGGUGGGAAUCUUCCAGUGACUAGUCCGAUCACACUGACUGUGGCGGGUUUGCCCAGUCAGUCUCAGAGCUCCAGCCGAGUUUCCUGUCAGUCCACGCCGACAAACAGUGAGCUAAAACGGGCUACCACAGUCCAGCCUCCCUCUCUGUCUCCACAGGAGAACUCGGCCCUCAGCGCUGACUCUUUCAGUCUGCGACCCAAGAAGUCCAAAGAGCAGCUGGCAGAGCUGAAAGCCAGCUACCUGAAGAACCACUUUGCCUCUGACGCAGAGAUCGCCCGGCUGAUGAAACUCACCAAUCUGACAAAGGGCGAGAUCAAGAAGUGGUUCAGCGACACCCGCUACAACCAGCGCAACUCCAAGAACAGCCAUGUAAUCGUUUUCCAUGACGGUGGGGGGCGAGGGGGGAGCAGCUCCAGCAGCGCUACAAACACCCCCAUCGUUAUCGACUCCAGUGACGAGACCCCCACGUCCCCUCCGCAUCCUCCCAAUACUUCCCCUAUGAAGGAGAAGGAAAAAGAGAAGGAGGCCAGAGUCAAAACCUGGAAUCCUUUCCCAGACUUCACUCCACAGAAGUUUAAGGAGAAGACUCCUGAGCAGCUGGUGGUGCUGGAGGAGAGCUUUGAGAAGAGCAGCACGCCAUCAGACGAAGAACUGAGCCGUCUGAGGACGGAAACAAAACUGACUCGAAGGGAGAUUGAUGCCUGGUUCACUGAGAGGCGGAAAGUCCCAGCAGCCUCCCCAGACUCCUCUGAAGGAGGGAAAAAUGAGACGGAUGACUUAAAGCCAGAGGAAGGAGAAGUAGCAGGUUCCAGCACCUCUCCUCCAUCCACCUCCUCCUCUCGGAAGGGGAGUCAGACUCCUCCUGGCGCUCGCAGUAAGCAGCUGUCCGGCAGCAGCAAGAAAGACGUAAAAGAAAAAAGUAAAAAGACUCCAGAGCAGCUUCACAUUCUAAAAAGUGCCUUUGUGCGGACGCAGUGGCCCACGCCGGAGGAGUAUGAUCAGCUGGCGGAGGAGAGCGGCCUUCCUCGCCAAUACAUCGUCAGCUGGUUUGGGGAUUCUCGCUACUCCUGGAAAAACGGAAACCUGAAAUGGUUCUUUCAGUAUCAAAGUGGCAACGUGGAGGGACCAAUCGAUGGAGUCGGCAGCAAAACAGGAGGCGGCGCGGGUCGGAAGAGACGCGGUCGAAAUCGUGGCUGGGGGCGUUCUAAGAUCAGGAAGCAGCCAAAGAGGUCCUCCUCUUCUUCCAGCGCAGAUGUCAAAAGAUCCCCUCCGUCAAAGAAAUUCAAGACUGGACGGGAAAUCCUAAAGGAGUACUACCUGAAGCACCACUUCCUCAGUGAGCAGGAUUUGGAUGAGCUGGUCUCCAGGACCAACAUGAGCUACGAGCAGGUGAGGGAGUGGUUUGCUGAAGUUCAACGACGCUUGGAUUUGGGGUUAGACCCCUUCCUGGAGGCGUCUGCCGGGGGACCAGAUGGGGACAAAGCUGCGCCGGAAGACGAAGCAGAGAUGCCAGGAGAGAGAUCGGUGAACGCUGAGGACCAGGCAGACCCUGGAGCUGGAGACGAAGAGGAUGAUGAAGACGAGGAGGAGGACGACGGCGACGAAACGGAUGACAGUGAGGUUUGGGAGCCAUCACGUAGCGUCAAGAAAAGUUUGUCUCUUUCCGAAGACUAAAAGUUGAACUUUGACCUGAUAAUUGACCUGAGUUCAGUCAAUAAUGGUCAAUUAACUAAUUUAAGUUUUCUUUUAUGCUUGUAUUGUUCACCUCUAAUGUGCAUGAACAAUUACCCUUUUUACUGUUUCUCAAAAUCCCUUGAAUCAAGUGCACAUGAAAAGAAUCAACAAAUGAUUAGCUUUAGCUUAAUCGGCUAAGAAAAGGUUUGGUACGAGAACAAAAUUUGAUGAGGUCAUAGGGCAGCUGUUGCAAAAUAAGUUUGAGUUUAGAAUGAAAAACUCCCCCAGUAAAUCCUUCAAACAUCAUUGGAAUAAUUGAAAAAGUGGAUUUUAUUUUAAAUAUCCAGAUUUAACAUCCAAUAUGCUUUCAACUUUCAGCUUUAAAGAAUGAGGAUUUCUAAAACAACCAUAUUAUUUAUCUGAAGGCUGAUCACAGACUGAUAAAGUUCUUAUUAGGUUUGAAGUUCAGUCUGAGUUGCAAGUUCCUGUUUAAAAAAAAAAGGUGCUAGAAAAUGAAGCUAAGUUUAUAUAUGACUGCUUAGCACCAUGAUAACAAAAACCAUGAAUCUAAAUGUGAAUUUAAUUUUUGAUAUAUGUUUUAGCAUCUGGAAUUUAUUUAAAAGAACGUUUUGUUUGUGCUCGUCAUUUUAGUCUGAGGCUUAACUUGGCAAUAAAUCCGUUAGCCUGAUGCUGCAUGAAUGCCGACGCUUCGAUGCUUUUAGAUGAAACAGAAUGUUUUCCCUUUACACUGCCUUACUGCUUCUCUAAUAACAGACGUUUUUAACUGGACAUCUGUAAAUUUGAAGGCCUAGAUGCAACAGAAUGUGUGUGAGUUGAACUGCUGAUAAUGUUUUUAAAAUCUUUUUUCAUCUUUUGAUAUAAAAAAAAAAGACCUGUGCUGUUUUAACCCUUUUUUUAAAAAAGCGAUUCAGACAGUAAAUCUGCUGUGCCAAAGGCGGAGGCGUUACCUCCCAUGCAGAGAGCUGUUGGAAACCUAACUGUAAAGCAUAAAUGUGGAUCUAACUGUAAAUCCAUAAUGGAUCUGAAGAGAACCAAACAAUCGUCCCUUUGUGAUUCUAAGCAGAACUAAACCACUGAUACUAUAUGUGGAAAUCAUUGUGUCCUUAUCAGUAUUUGAAAUUAGAAUCUGAACCCUUUCUGCACUGAAAAAACUAACCUAAAGCACUUAAUCUCAUUUUUAAAGGUUUGCACUUUUCCACUCGAUUAGGCACCUUAAGUCUCUAUUACACCAUGAAAUGGCUCAGAGAGACCAAACCUGUUUUUUAUGACUAACCAGUAUUUUGCCUUUUCCUAUUCCUGCUGUUUUCACAAGAAGGAAUAUAAUCAGUGUGUCGCCUUUUCUAUUUAUGUACCACAUGUCAAAGAGCUGGACGAUUGUACCAGCUUUAAAAAAAAAAAGAACAAUCAUGCACCAUUUGUUUCUGCACUAAUGUAACGUGUUAGCCCUAUGUGACGAUAAUCUGUCAAUCUGAAAAUGCCUAGAAGUUGUUUUUGUUGAUUGUCUUGCUUUAAAUGAUAGGAGCUGUCUCCCAUCUUUUGCUAUUGUUCCCCUUCUGCCUUUUUGGUCAAAUCAGUGACUUCACUGAUGUGCUCCUCCAGCAGUUAGCAGUGUU